GCUUUCCUGCCGUGAGGUACUCGAGGUGGCGACUUCCGUUUCCGGUCGGCUCCGGCUUCAGGGUUGAAUAUUGAAUGUCCUGAGAGGUCAGAUUGCUGUCAGCUUUUCUAGGUCAUGCCAAACAGUUUUUCAGAGUGGUUGUGCUAAGUCACAUUCUCACCACUUGGGUGUGAAAUUGGAAGGUACAUCACAAUGUGAUUUCCCCAGUUCUCACAAUCUUGUAAGACAUGGCCCAUGGACAUGAACAUGGACAUGGACAUGAACAUGGUCAUAGUAAAAUGGAACUUCCAGAUUAUAAACAAUGGAAGAUAGAGGGGACACCUUUAGAAACUGUCCAGGAGAAGCUGGCUGCACGAGGGCUAAGAGAUCCAUGGGGCCGCAAUGAAGCUUGGCGAUACAUGGGCAACUUUGCAAACAAUGUUUCCUUUGUUGGCGCAUUAUUAAAAGGAUUCAAAUGGGGAUUUGCUGCAUUUGUAGUAGCAGUGGGGGCUGAAUAUUACCUGGAGUCCCAGAAUAAAGAUAAGAAGCAUCACUGAAGAUAAUACCUGGAAGUAUCUCUGUGGCUUUUUCACUCUCUUAUAAAAGUAAGAUUUCACUGUAGCCCACUUGUCUUUGUGUUUGUUCCUUAAAGAACACCUGUAAAUUUCAAUAAAGAAUACAGGUGCCAGUCUGUUUUUGUCAUCCUUUAAUAAUAAAAAAAAUGUUUCUCAAACCA